AAGUAUUUAUAAAUUGUACAUAAAAAACUUUAACUUUCUUAUAAGUGAUCCAAUCUUGUAAUUGACUAUUAUUAUGAGCUUAUUGUUUUUUCAUUUUACUGUAUAUAUUAUGAUCCAUUUUAUUCCUUUUUAAGACAACCAAGUGCAAUCAAUAAAAUUUUUCUUAUUAAAUUAUUAUAAUACACAUUUAGUAAAACUAUUUAUUAUAAAAAACGAUAACAGGUUAUUUAAUCUUGUAGAAGCACGCAUUGGUUGAUUGAGUUGAAUAACUGUUCCACGUGAUUUUUUUUUUAUUAGGACUAAGCUAUAGCUUUACUAAUAUAUUGAAUUUGUCUAAAUAUAAUAAAAUGGAAUUUUAUCCAAUAUUGGAAGGAUUAUCUCGUAAAAUUCUUACUUUAACUAUGAUAAUUCGAGAUGAUGAAAUUUUGUUGGGAAUGAAAAAACGUGGUCUUGGAAUGGGUAAAUGGAAUGGUUUUGGAGGUAAAGUAGAGCUUAAUGAAUCAAUUGAAGAAGGUGCUAUACGUGAAGUUAAAGAAGAAUGUGGAUUAGAUGUAAUAUUUAUGGAAAAAAUUGGAAUUUUAGAAUUUGAUUAUAUUGAUUCGAAAGAAUUACUUGAAGGACAUGUUUAUAUUUGCUCACAAUUUUCUGGAAAUAUUGUUGAAACGGAAGAAAUGACACCAAGAUGGUUUAAAAUUAUAGAUACACCUUUUGAUACAAUGUGGAUUGAUCAUAAAUACUGGUAUCCAUUAUUAUUGAAAAAAAUACCUUUCAAAGCUUAUUUUAAGUAUAAAGGACAUGACAAAAUUUUAGAUUAUAAUAUCACUCUAUUGAAUUCUCAAAGUAAAUUUAAGACUAAAUGUAUAAGUAUUAUACUAAAAAGAAAUUCUAAAAUAUUUUACUGUAAAAAAAACCAAAAAUGGACAUGUUUUAGUUGGGUACAUGAAAAAAUGACAGAAAAUCAAAGUUUUGAAAAAAUUAUUGAAAGAUAUUUUAGUAAUUCUUAUGAAAAAGUUUUAAAUAAAAUACAUAAAAUAGCUGUAGUCAAUAUUGAGCUUAUUGAUGAAAAUUUUAUAUCGGAGACAACUGUUUAUAUAGUAGAUAUGUCUGAUUUAUCAGAUGUAGUACAAGUAAAUGGUUAUGAAUGGUUAGAUAUAAAUGAUAUAUCAAGAGGAUCUCAAUGGCCAGAUAUACAAUUUUUACAAACCAUAUUUCAAUCAAAAUCUUUUGGAGCUUAUUUUUUAAUUAACACGGAAAAUGUACUAUUUAGUAAAUACUAUGAUUUAUGAUGUUUAAUAUAUUCUUAUUAAACUU